CACUCGUCUCCAUGUCCAAUUUUGACUCGGUUGACGGGCCCAGAGAUUUUGUAACAGCUCCGGCCGGCUGCCAUUGGCGACUCGGACGGUACCGCACGAUGCCAUAAAACCCCCAGCUGCCGACAGAGACGACAAGACACACAUCCGGCACACUAUGUCGGCGCCCAACUGCCUGCGGGGCCUGGUGCGGCCCUCGGCGACAAUUCCGAUUUCAGCCCCUCGAAGUGCCGCUCCGCGGGCCGCCCCAAUCGGCCUCGCACGGCCGGCACCUUUCUCGACGACCGCCCUAAACGCAAGACGACAGGACCCGAACCAGCAGGGCGGUGGGGGGAAGGGGCACGUCCGGCAGGGGAAGAAGCUGAAGCUCGGUAAAUUCAAGAAAACCGCAGUCGAGAGCAAGGGCAAGCCGCCACUGCCGGGCGAGCGCAGGGCCUACCGCAAGCGCAUCACCCUUAGCAACGACAACGCUAUCCCGGUGCCGUGGCUGAAGGAUAUUGGUGCGGACGGCCUGGCGAACGCGCAGAACAUCGCUAGGGUUCUUGCUCUCCCCGAGGAGGUGCAGGACCAGCUGCGCGCGAGCGAGGCCUUCAAGCCGACACAAUGCUGGGGCAUGUUCAGGAAACCGUCGUUGCUGGUGCGGAAGGAGUCGGUCGACCUAAUGAACCGGAUACAGACCUCAGUCGAUAACAAGCAGACGCUGAGGCUCGUCGUUACGGGCGACAAGGUGACCGGCAAGAGCAUGAUGCUCCUCCAAGCCCAGGCCCACGCCUUCCUCAACAACUGGAUAGUGAUCCAUGUCCCAGAGGGCCAAGAACUCACCACGGCUUGCACGGAGUACGCGCCUAUCCCCAACACCGAUCCGGUGCAGUACAUGCAGCCCGUGUACAUCCUGAAGCUGCUGCAAUCCAUCAAGCGCGCCAACGAGAAGAUCCUGGCAAAGACCUACACCAUGACCGGGCACCCGGAACUGCCGCAGAACAUUACGCCCAACACGCCCCUUCUAGCGCUCUGCAACGCCGCCAAGGAGCCCGACUCGGCCUGGCCCGUCUUCCAGGCGCUGUGGAACGAGCUGACGGCGCACGGGACGGCGGCCAACCGCCCGCCCAUCCUGCUGUCGCUGGACGGGCUGGCCCACGUGAUGCGGGUGUCAGACUACCGCUCGCCGGCGUUCGAGCGCAUCCACUCGCACGACCUGGCGCUCGUGCGGCUCUUCACGGACACGCUGGGCGGCGCCGUGCAGUUCCCCGCGGGCGGCGCCGUGCUGGCGGCCACGAGCCGCAACAACGCGCCGCGGUCGCCGAGCAUGGAGCUGUCCCUGGCGCAGCGCGAGGCCGAGCAGGCCAAGAGGGAAGAAGUGCCCCAGAAGGAUCCCUUCUUCAGGGGCUACGACGACCGGGUCGAGGCCGUGCUGCGCUCCGUGCAGGUGAUCCGCCUGGGCGGGGUCAGCAAGCUGGAGGCGCGCGCUCUGAUGGAGUACUGGGCGGCCAGCGGCAUGCUGCGGGCGACGGUGGACGAGAAGGCGGUCACGGAGAAGUGGACGCUGGCGGGCAGUGGUGUUCUGGGCGAGAUGGAGCGGGCCGCGCUGCUGACGAUGCGGAUUUGAGAUGGGGAGUGGGGG